UUUUUUUUUUUUUUUUUUGAUUCGAUCUCUCAAACUCAAUUCAGGUUAGCUCUCUCGAUCUUGUCUACAUAAACCCUAAUUCAGGUCGCUUGCGGUUCAAUUUCUAAUUCCUUUUCAUAUAAUUUUAUAUGUAUAUGCCUCUGUAUGUGUUUUAGGUCAAAUUGAUGAAUACUGAUGACUUAUAUCAUGUUCGAUUGAUUCCUGCAUACGCUUUUACCUGAUUAUCAUGGCGGUAUUUGAAAUUGAAUUCGUAUAUUUGACUUUUUAGGUUACACAUUGCAAUCUGUGUGUAAAUAUUUGUAUGUCAAGUUAAGUUAGGUUUUAGCUUCUGAAUCGAUUUUGAUGUUCAUAAUUCUCUUAGAAGCUGAAUUCAUACCAAAAUUUGUUCAAUUUCAUCAGUACUUUAACUUUCAGUGCAUAGAAAUUGUGAUAAUUUCUUUGAAAUUGUGAUAAUUUCUUUGAGUCGAUAGUUUGAGAGUUGAGACUUGGAGAGUGUUUAUUUACUCUCCAAGUUUUACAUCGGAAAAUUCUUAGCACUUGGACUUGGAUCAUUUUGUGAAAAUUACUAGCACCAAAAUUGAAAAUCUAUGCGUUGUCAAAUUAGGGAUUUUUAGGUCAAUCUUCCUUAGUUCCAAUAGAUACUAGAAUGCCUAAUUGUUAAGUUGGUUCUUUCAAACCGUAAUUGCUUGUUUUGUAGACCAUUCAAAUUGAUUCUUUCAAACCGUAAUUGCUUGUUUUGUAGACCAUAUGAGUGGUAACCGUAUCAUAAGUGUAAAAAUGGACAUACUGUUAUGUAUAUCCGUAUAUGCGUGUGUAUCAAUAUAUGUGUUAGUGGUGUUCAAAAAUAUCCGAAUCCGAAAUAAAUUAGCUUCGGUUGAGGAAAUCUAUGUACAUUUCUCCAUACAUCCGUAUAUGCGUGUGUAUCAAUAUAUGUGUUAGGGGUGUUCAAAAAUAUCCGAAUCCGAAAUAAAUUAGCUUCGGUUGAGGAAAUCUAUGUACAUUUCUCCAUACUUAGUAAAUCUCAUGUUUCAUGUUUUUGCGACGGAGAAUAUGCUUUCGUCGGAUGGGUCAUUGCAGAGUGGGGAUGUGUUUUCGUCAAUUACUCAGAUUACAAGUAUCGCUGAAACGGGAAAGGAGCCAAUUCAAGCACAAUCAGUUCAAUCAACUGCAAGAAAAGAACCAAUUCAAUCUCAAUCCAACUCUUCAGUUCAAUCAACUGGAAGAUUGAAGAGGAAUGACAAGGGAAAAGAGAUACUCACACCAAAAGUUUGUUUUACUAUCCCGGAGGAAGAGGAAGUGGAGAUACCAUUGCGAAACGUCAAAGCACGAAUUCUUAAAGAGGAAGAAGGAAGCUGCAAAGAACGAGUAGGUGAAAUAAAAGAAAAACGUACCAGUUGGCAGGACAAAAAAGAAGAAAUUCUAAGGUUGAUUGAUCGAAAAACGGCAAACUGUGUCAGCCAGAAAAAGAAGGAUAUGCUGGCAGCUGCAAAAGCAAUGUUCAUAAAGGCUAUUGAAGCGCCAGAUCAUAUUUAAAGUUCUAGGAGCAAAAGAGAAGCCAAACUUUUAAUUAGCAUCUGUUAACUUUCAAUAAGCCUUUGUUAUAUUAGUUAAUCUGUAUCCUAAUAAUUUGGUUGUGUUUCACGAAAA